AUGGCCUCCAGACAGACCAUCCUUGCUCCCAUGUUGCGCCAUGCUACGCGGCGUACUGCCGCUGCCACUCUACGACCUUCCUUUGCCGCCUCUCGCACUCUCCAUAACGUUCCUCCCCGAAGCAACAAGCCCGGUAGCUACUCGCGGACUGAUUCUGACAUCGAAGUCGAGCAUCCUGAGGAGCAUGAACUGCCUUCCAGCAAGCCUGUCUUAGGCACUGGUGGACAAUUUGUAAAGCCCACUCUCCCAAGUUUCUCUCUUGACGGCCGCGUUGGCGUCGUCACUGGAGGUGCUCGUGGUUUGGGACUCGUUAUGGCCCAGGGAAUGGUUUUCUCUGGUGCCGACGUGGCUCUUGUUGACAUGAACAAGGAGGAAGCUCAGAAGCAGACCCAGCUGCUCAUGGAUGCAUUCCACCGUGAAAACCCCAAUGCUGAACGAAUUCCCACUGUUACAGCCCACUUCGCCGAUGUGUCUGACCCCGAAUCUGUCCAAGGCUGCAUUGCUGAAGUUAUCGAGCAACAUGGCAAGAUUGAUCAUCUCGUCACUUCCGCUGGCUUCACAGAGAACUUUGAAGCCGUCAAUUACCCAAUUGAUCGCAUGCGAAAGCUGUGGGCUGUCAAUGUCGACGGCACCUACCUCUUUGCCACCGAGGUUGCUCGUCAUCUCAUGGCGCGGAAAGCCCCAGGCAGCAUGGUCAUGAUUGGCAGCAUGUCAGGCGCCAUUGUCAACGUUCCUCAGCCUCAAGCUCCUUACAACGCUGCCAAGGCUGGUGUCCGUCAUUUGGCUGCUUCACUAGCUGUCGAGUGGGCACACGCUGGAAUCCGUGUCAACUGCAUCUCACCCGGAUACAUGCUGACUGCUCUUACACAAAAAAUUCUCGAUGAGAACCCCGAUCUUAAACAGAAGUGGACAUCACUCAUCCCCCAGGGCAAGAUGGGUCAGCCUCAAGACCUCAUGGGUCCUGUGUCCUUCCUGCUCUCUGAUGCCAGCAGCUACGUCACCGGCGCCGAUAUUCGCGUCGACGGUGGUUACACCGUCACCUAA